AUGGAGAACACAUUUAGUAUAGAAGAUGCUGAGUUUAUCAAACCAUUAGAAAUUGACAAUAUAAACUCAAUCAGCUAUUCAGAAAUCAAAAAUACUGAACUAAUAAAAAUUAUAAACUAUGGAAUUACAAUGAAAGGCUCUUUGAACAGUCACGUAGUAAUUAUGAAGCAUAUUUCUAAUGAAUCAGGAAAUCUUAAUAAUGAAAUGCUAAAACAACUCUAUACUGAAAAUGGAAGUCUACAUAAUUACUUAUCUGAAAAUCAAGACCUGGACAGGAUUCAGAAAAUAAAGAUUUCAAAAGAUAUAGCAUUCGGUUUGGAAUUUUUGCAUAAUUUAGGAAUGAUUCAUAGAAAUUUGAAUACAAAAUCGAUCUUUAUAAAUAUAAAUAAAGGAAAGGUUCUAAUAUCUAAUCCAGCAUUUUUGGAAUUAAACAUUGAUGUUUCAUCAUCUAUAUCAUUGCAAGCAGGGAUGAUAGCGUUUACAGACCCGAUGCACUUAAUUGAUUUAAAUUCAAAACCUACAACAGCAUCCGACAUUUACAGCUUUGGAGUUGUUAUGUGGUCUAUUUCAAGUGGAAAAUUGCCAUUUGAAAAUAUUACAAAUCAAACAGAUUUAAUAAAUCAAAUAGUAACAGAGGACAUCCGUGAAAAUCCUGUCAAUGGUAUUCCGCAAGAAUAUCUUGAUUUGUAUCUAAGAUGCUGGAAAUUAAAUCCAGAAGAACGGCCAUCAGCACAAGACGUGUAUACUCAACUUGAAGCAAUCCUACAAAAAGAAACUCGAAAUGUAGAUGCCAAUGUCAUUUCAAAUAAUCCAGAUGUAACAAAUGCGAUCGUUCAGAAUAACGAAGUUCCCGUAAACACAUUAAAUCAGAAUAGGGAAGAAAAUGGUCAAUUACCCGAGAAAAGAAGUGGCCAAUCACUCGUGAAAAGAAGAGGGCAAUCUCCCAAGGAAAGAAUUGCUUGGAUUAAAAAAAAAAUUAAAGCAAAGGAAAUAGAUUCAAUCAAACGGUCGAAAGUCAAAGAAGUGGAGCUUCUUAUGUUAGGAGGUUAUGGUGUGGUUUAUAAAGCUGAAUGGAAUAAUAAUAAUGUUGCCUUGAAAUAUAUGCCGCCCUACCCAGACAGACCGGAACAAGAGCAUAAAGUUCUCCUUAAAGAGGCAAGCUCAAUUGGUUAA